AAAAAUCAGUUUAGUGUUUUUUAUUUUAAAACGAAACUUAAAUGUCUUCCUGUUAAUACAUUUUUAGUUUUUACGUAGUUUCGGCUGUUAAAGUAAGUUUUAUUUGACGAAACAUCAAAAGUGACACUUAAGGACAUUGCUUCGCGCCGUUUCAACCCCGCGACUCCAUUUCCCACAAUCCUCUGCGCUCCAAGCAGGAAGAACGUUGUCUCGCAGGGGCUCACUCUGAUCCAAGUUAGGAGCUUUCAGCUACCAGCCUUGGCCCAUCAUGUAAGUGCUGCGGAGAAUUCUUUGCAGCGCAUUUGCAAAAUUAUCCGCUUUCCCGACGGCUGCGCGGGCUGUGCAUCCUUACCCGCGCCCCGUGCACGGACACGCACGGCUCGGACCCAAGAAGGCUCCAAGUGCAUGAGGAUCGAGGCUUGUAUUUUGCAUCUUUGUUGCAAAGCAAGCCACUAAAGCUCCAGUACGAGGGCGAUGGAGGGAGGGAGCGAGAAAGAAGGCAAAGUCUUUUGUGCUUCCCCUCCCCCUCAUCAAAGCAGAGGGGAAAUGCUUCAGCCAAAGGGAGGUAAGAAGAAGCCGGUGCUGAAGCUCUCCAAAGAGGUGUUUGAGCAGCCCACACCAGCUGCAGUACCCCCCAGAGAUUUGGAUUCAAAGGCUUGUGUAACAAUUGGAGAAAAGAAAUGUGAGGUGAAAGCAGAUGAUCUGGAGCAGAUCUGCGAGCUCGGUCGAGGAGCCUAUGGUGUGGUGGAUAAGAUGAGGCACAUGCCCAGUGGACUGAUCAUGGCUGUAAAGCGGAUUCGGGCCACUGUUAACACUCAGGAGCAGAAGAGGCUGCUAAUGGACCUGGACAUCUCCAUGAGGACAGUGGACUGUUUUUACACCGUCACCUUCUACGGAGCGCUGUUCAGAGAGGGCGACGUCUGGAUCUGCAUGGAGCUGAUGGAUACUUCCCUGGACAAGUUCUACAAGCAGGUGAUCGAGAAGGGCCUGACCAUUCCCGAGGAUAUUCUGGGAAAAAUAGCCGUCUCUAUAGUAAAGGCUCUGGAGCAUCUGCACAGCAAUCUGCAAGUCAUCCACAGAGAUGUGAAGCCCUCUAACGUGCUCAUCAACACUCAGGGCCAGGUGAAGAUGUGUGACUUCGGCAUCAGCGGCUAUCUGGUGGACUCUGUGGCUAAAACCAUGGACGCUGGCUGCAAACCCUACAUGGCUCCGGAGAGGAUCAACCCAGAGACGAAUCAGAAAGGCUACAAUGUCAAAUCGGACAUCUGGAGUUUAGGAAUUACAAUGAUUGAGCUCGCCAUUCUGCGUUUCCCGUAUGACUCGUGGGGAACGCCCUUUCAGCAGCUGAAGCAGGUGGUGGAGGAACCUUCGCCCCAACUUCCUGCCGACCAGUUCUCCCCCGACUUUGUGGAUUUCACCACUCAGUGCUUAAAGAAAAAUGCCAAGGAGCGUCCAACAUACACAGAACUCAUGCAACAUCACUUCUUCACCUCCCAUGAGGCCAAAGAAACCGACGUGGCUAGCUUUGUGAAAGUCAUCCUGGGGGACUGAGAUCUAUAAGCGCAUGGCACGGAGGGAGGAAAACUUAAAAACCCAUCCUACAAAAAGCACCUGUUGCAGCCCCCAUUACCUGCAGGUUUUCCCGUCCCUCCCCCCACCCCCCACCCCACCAGAGUCAGAAAGACAAGAUCAGAGGAUGAAGAGGAACGUGGAAUCUGCCUUCGUGUCUUCUGUGAGGUGGUGGGAGGGGUUGGGGAGAUCUUGUGUAUAAUGUGGAAUAUUUCAAGGUGUCUAUAUGCAAAACCUCCCUCUCUGAUCAGAUUAGCUCCACUCACCCACUACUCCCAAUGUUAUUAAUGAGCUGAGCUGAUACUAUCAACCACCGUGUUCAAACUCUUGUUUUCUCGCUAAAAAGCAGUGGAAGAUGUGCAGAUCGCAUAAAAAAAAAAUGAUGGAUGAUGUAACGCUUUCUCUGUAUAAUCUAAAUCUUUGCCUACUCAAUGUAAAGUCUUGCAUCGGAUUAUUAACUGACUGCAUGUACAGAAUAUAUCUCUGGCAGCCACAGAUGCCCAAUAAUGAACAGCUGUAGAGCCUGAUUGUAGACUUGAGAGCCCCCUAGUGGUCAGUAAUAGGUACUGCAGUGCAACUGCUUUUCUCACCAAUGAAACUUACCUACACGUUUUAGGCUCUUGGCUGCCUGUGAGUGUGUAUGAUUGUAUGUGUGAGCCGAUGGAUAUGUUCAAACAACUGCACACCUGCAGGUGGAGGUAGAGCCAAAAUAUUGUCCUUUUGAUUCGCAGUCAGUGAGAGGUUGGCUGAUGUUGGGAUAUAACUUCUGUUUAGCAUUUCAGGCCAUUGAGCUGCAACAAAUCAAUCAGAUUACGUCAUCAGACAACCUUAUUAAUAACUUUCAUUAGACAAUCAGUUACUUAAUGUUCACUUCUAAAGGAAAAGUAGAAAGACCUGCAGAGUUAGUCAGUGUCUGUUGACAAGCAGCGAUUUGAAAAACCAACUGAAUAAGACUGUAUGACGUCAAAUAUCUGAUUGAGAGAUAUUACUUUUAGCUGCUCUUCUAUGCUUUUAAGUUUAGGGUGCAAAUACAAAGAGCUGUCUUUUGCCUAAGUAUUUCUGGGAAAGGUCUUAACUUUGAGUGGCUCUUAGGAAAAGUGAUUGAUUUAAUGUACAUUUUAAUAUAAUUUGACCACAAAAUGCUUUCAGAAUAUCCAUUCAACACUUGUUAUAAGCCAAAAAGGCUGACAUUGUUAAACCUGGUUGAGGAUUUUGUGAAGCCUUGACCUGCCAAAACCAGUUUUAGCAAAUUCUCAUUUUUAAGUACUUCAAUACAAGAAUAUAUGUGGAAAUCGUUGGAAAUAUGUUUUUAGCUGUCAUUAAUUUGGAACAUAGUUGACUUUAUGUUGAGAGAGAGAAGAUAUUGCUGUAAAACAGGGUUUUGCUUUUAUGAAGCAAAAACAAUGAUUAGGGAGUAGACAUUUUUAUCUUUAGGAUCUUCUAUUAAAGAUGAGAGCAGCUAGCAUGAGGUGUAUUCCCCUCUGAAUGUAGAUCCUUAUCUUAACUUUGAGAUUUUCUAAAAACUGCCAACAAGUCUUGCUCUUUGUUUUAAAAAAAGCAGCUUGAAUGAAAAGUUAAUUAACCUGCAACUAAAUGCAGUUUACAGUCUAGAUAGUUUCUUACACCUUUUGCCCUUCCUCUGACUUCCUAUUUAAACACUUCACUGAUACUGAAAACUUUUGCUCUUUGUCCUUCGGUGACAGUAUCCAUUCUGAAAAGUGUUAGGGCAACAUGUUAAUGCAUGUGGUGUCUUUACCGAUCAGAAAAAAACAUUAAUUUUUGAGCUUCCAACUCGAACGUCGCUGGCCAGUCCCUGUCAAACUGAAAGUCAUCAGACUUAGAUCGCUGAUAUAUUGUAGAAUCACAAGAGAAAUGAAACUGUCUUCAAAAAUAAUACUUCAAACUAGCAACAAGGUUUACCCAUUUUAUUUUCAAAGUUUGUGCUUUACCUGAUGCUUGUGUGUCCUCAUGAAAUAUAAUUAUGUAUUGCAGAACAAAAUAAUUGUCCACCAGCUGCUUAUUUGAAUUAGGCCAUUUGGUUUUUCCCCUUCUUUUAGUUUAAGGUAAUCUCAAAAAGAAUCGAUGCCUUAUCCUGCUGGAUAGUGCCCAGUAAUUAAUUUAAUCCAGCUAUUUAGCACUUUUUCUCAGUGAUAUUGUCUCUUCAUUCCCCUUUUGGUUUUUCUGGUCCGGAUUUUCUAGCUCAAAGUAGUUUGCCAUGACAGUUUGAGCGAAGUUAGACCAAAAUAUUCUUAUGUUUGCAGAAACAAUAAAGAUUAAUAAAUUCUGGUUCAAAACGGACAUAAAAGUUAUAUAUACUCCUUUAAUGGAUGAGUGUGUAAAUUAUUUUAUUUCCUCACCUUUUGCACUGCCUUAACCAGUAAGCAGUGAGCCUUGUCUUUCAGUUUGAUUUGUUGCAGCUCAUGGUCUUGGUAAUGCCGGAAGCAGCAGUGCAGACCUCCACAUGCUUUGUUUUCAGUGUGCAUUUGUGUGUUUCAGGGGAACAUUAUCCCAUAUCCUUGUUUUCUGUACUGAGCCAAUCACAACCCUCUCCACUCCAUGCUCAACAUAAAAGGAACUGGACAUUGUUGCUAUUAUUGUUAAUACUAUAUUAUGUUAUUAUUUAGGUCCACCACCCACCUCCAAUCCACCUUACACACAUAUUAACUGCAGUUAUUCUUAUUUAUUACAACUGCUGUGUCCUUCUGAAGACUUGAGCGAUCUAGUAGAGAUUCUUCUCGCUUGCCUCUGCGGGCUGUGUGUGGUUUUGUUGUGUUUUUCUUGGCUCAAACAGGUAAAUGCUUUUAAAAUGUAACUUUUAUGCCUUCUAUGUGCCUCUAUAAUGAAAAAAAACAUCUAAGAAAAUAAGAAUGAUGAAGGUUUGGGCUCCCUCCCUCUUCACACACUGCAUGGCGUCAUAUUCUCACUUCCUGCCAGCUUUGAGGACUUUGUGUUUCUUUGUGAUGUUACUCUUGCUGUAGCUUGAGGGUGUUUGUUUUUGUGCCUUUUGUUGCCUUGGUGUCUUCUGAGGGCAGAAGGUUUGAAGAUGUUGAGGGAAAUUUUAAUUAUGCUCUCGCCUUAUCUUUAACCUUUAAGAUCUCUUUAUUUUUAGUCACUUUUUGUUGAGUUUGUCUUAUUUUGGAGCUCAAUCUGGGAUCUUAUGUUGUGAGUUUAUGCACUGUAGAAAUGCUGAUUCUUUGGCCUUCAGAACCAUUUGUCUGCUUCAGUCCUUCAUUUUGUUUUGAGGUUUUCUGUUUUGUGCAGAUUAAAAUCCUCUCUGCUUUCACCCCAUAACCUGGUCCCAGCUUGGCUCAGGUGUGAUGACCUUUAGCUCAGAGAACUCCUAGAAGUGUUACAGUCCUCUAACAAACCGUCACCCUCCUCCUUUGUUUGUUCCGGCUACAGAGCGCUGACUGCUGAUGCUGCAAAGAGGCAGAAGGGCGAUGAAAGGUCGAUGAGUUUUGUGUUUUUACUGCUGUCAGUCAAGAUAAAUCGGACACUUUUAUGGGCUACACACCUAGGGCUCCAUCAUUAUAAUAUUUCCAUGACAAAAUUCUGAAAAUUCAAGAUUCUUUUUGUAGAGUUGUACAAAUUUUCAAAAAAUUACCAAAGAGGAGCAAACCAGGAUCCAUUGAUUCAUGAUCGUGUGUGCAGUGUUUUGGGGUGUCUUAAGUGCCUAAUCAUGUUUUUCUGUGGUCGCCUAUUUACACUUCUACACUUCUCUGUGUUUGGGCAUGACACUAUCUUAGUUCCUCUGCUGGGCCCCCUGAAACUGCAUGUUGCUGGGAUGUUUUGCUUUGUACUAAGGAGCCACAAUCACAAUAUGUAUGAAAAAUCGGCAUUCGGUCAUUGAAAGGUUCCUCUGUGUAGUCUGUGGAAUUCAAAGCUGGGUAAAUAUCUAGACAUUUUUAGGUUUUGCUUACUUUUUUUUAAGAUUCUCCUAGUUAAAUUUCCCAGGAAUAGCUUUCCUUUACAUUUUCAAUCAUAUGUGUUUCGAAUAUGCUCAUUUACACCACUAGAGGCCAGAAUCUUCACAUGCUGACUUUAAAAUUAAAGUGAAAUUAAUGCGUUUGCUAUAAUAAACAGCUUUUACUGUUACAAUUUAGAAUAAAGCAGUUAUUUAAACAAAUAAAAAUCUUACAGAAAAUUAUCAUGUCAUUAAGUUUUGGUAUUUAUGUUCACAAGGCUUCUGAUCUUGAACACUUAGUAAACAUUGGAGUCUAUUGAGGGAUUGUUAUUAAGUUUUAAAUUAAAAGGUUUCAGUGUUCCAUAUGUAGAUUUUAAUAACCUCUUUUGGUUUAAAUUGCACAUUACAGAAAUCUCAGGAGGUCUUUAUCUGAGUUAUUGGGUUUUUUACAGCAGCUGUCUUAAUUAAAAGCAACAGUUUUUAUUUUAAGGUGAAUCUAGACCAGAGUUCCAGUGAGCCAUAAGCCCUGAGCUCCAACUAAGGAAAAUUAGUCAAAAGCUGCAGAACCUUCUGAAAGCGCCAGAAAGAUUGGCGAAGACACAAAUCAGAUUUUUUUAAAACAUGGACUUAUUCAUUAAUUAAUUUAACUUCAAAUGUUAUUGUUGUAAUAAAGAAAAUGUGUUAAAACCUGGGAAACCAGUGAGCAAAACAUCAUGCCUCAAUCUCAGUUUAAGCAGAACUGAAUCACUUUCAUAUUUACACUCAUUAGCCCACUUAAAAAAAGGCAGCAUCCCUCAUAUUUUUCAGCAGUUUUUGCUUUUUUGUCACACUUACUAUAAAUUUUCAAUUUUCAUCAAACAGAUUUUAAUUUUAGGUAAAGCUCUGAUCAUAUUUUUACCUAAUCUUGGUUCUUCCCUGAAGCUGGAGCUCUGUGCUUUUUAACAAGCUUAUUUGAAGCAAUACUUAAUUAGAUGUUUCAUAUCUGACAACAAAAUACUGCCUUCCUUGGCAAAAAAAUGUUUGACAGUUCAAAACUAUACAAAAAAGUCAGUAUCAUAAAAUGUAAAACCGUGGUCAGGUGAGCAAUGCUGUAUUGAGCAGAGUAAUUCUGUUGAAAUCCACAGACUGAAAAUAUAGGCAGUAUUCACAGUCAAAUAGCUGCUUGUUAGUAUUCAGUUUAUCCAAAAACAAACUUGUCACAAAAGGUAAAAAAAAAAAAAAUAGUUUUUGGUUUACGGCUUUGGUGGAGGCAGUGUGAUAGAAAAAAAAAAUACUUGUCAUUACUGUAGGCCAUAUCAAUGUAGAGAGAUACUGAAAUGAGAUUCUACAAAUGCUCGCUCCCUCAGAGUGAAUUUGUGGGUUGGAGAGGAUGGCAUAGCCUGCCUGCAGUCCUUACCUCAACCCGAUUGAACACUUGUGGGAUCAGCUUGGGCAUGCUUGCCAAAGUGACCAACACAACCACAUAUGUUGACUAGCAGCAAAUGCUGGUUUAGGAAUGGGAUGCCCUCCCACAGAAGUGUGUGGCCAAGAUGGUUACCAGCAGGAGGAGGAGGUGCCAGGCUGUUUUCACUGUGCACGGUUGUCCCACACACAACUUAGGCCUCUAUUUGUUAAAUGAAUACCCUAUUAUAAGUAAACAAUAUCUCUUGUUUCUUCUAACUUUAAUUGUCCAAUAAGAUAAAGCAAGACAACAAGUCAGCAGCAGAAUUUUUGGCAUAGGCAGAGAGGAUUUGUCAAUUGUUUUAUGAAACCCACAUCUUCAUCUCUGCAACCCACAAAUACAGUACAUGUUCCUUACAAAUGUGGCACCACUAAAAGAAAAAAAAAAAAUUGGCCUUGCGACUAUAAGAUUUAUUGCCAUUAAACAUUGUUACUACAAAAAAUAAUGGACAAAACACAAAUGUUGUAACUUUUUUUUGCUAAGACUAUACUUGUGCUGUUUGGACUUAGAUAAAGUCUAAACUCUCUCUCUUUGUUUAUGACACUUCCAGCUACAGUUAACCUGCAGAGAGUUUUUAAAAAGGCUGAAGAGAAAAUCCAGUCAUACACCACAUCAUAUCUUCCUGCUUUUAUGUCUGUCUGAGUGAGUUCGGUAACUUGUUACAGGGUAGAGCUAUCUUUAUAUUCCCAUCUUUGGAGAAAAUAGUAAAACAUCAGCAUCCCUCUAAAAAUGUGCAACGUCUUUCUUUCCGCGUCUUUGUCUUUUCUGUGAGCGUUCGUCUUUGUCUGCAUUGAUGUAGAAAGUCUAUUUCCAUCCUGCUAUCACCUGCCGGUUGAUGUUUGCUCGCCGGGGUCAGGACGUCCGCAUGGGAACAUCCCAUGAUAAUCUGACUCCAUACCAGCAGCCAGCAGCAGGCACGUGUAUGUGGAUGAUGCAGCUUUUGCAGUAAUCGUUUAUUUAUUUUGUCGUUGAAGGUCAUAAAGAGAUGUGAGGCUCAGAGAGAAUUGGAGGAAUUUUAUUUUUAUUUACCUACCACAUAUUCAAAGUUUAUCUAAAGAAUUAUCAGAAAGCCUGCAGAUGAGGGAAAUUUAAAGCCCUUUACAGACUUUUUUAGGAUUAUUUCAGGUGUAAAUCUGUCGUUUGUGUGUGUGCACAUUUCUCAUGCUACAUGACUUGUGACCCAGUGGAGCUUUUUGUUGUUAAACUGCUGGUACACACAGCUGUAUGUGACUUCCGAUGUUGCAGUGUUUGUGUUCUUUAAUCUGGGAUUGGAGGGAAGUAAUCCAGGGAUGCUACUGUAUGUGGAAGAGGGUCUUCUCUUUGCUGUCGGGUGGGUUUGGGGAGGGUUACUUAGAGUUUACAGCUCCAUGGGAAGUGAAGUUCUCAGUAUAUUUCCACAUCUCUUAAGCCUCCUCUAAGACUGAUGACUGUUCACUUAGAGCUCAAUGAAUUUCUAUAAAUAAUUUAGAUUGCUCAAAAUGAUUGUGUGCAAUUGUAAUGAUGGAAAUUCAAUAAAAAAGAUGUAUUUUUACACAUUUA